AUGGCAAAUUCCAAGUUUGAAUAUGUCCGUAACUUUGAGACGCCAGAUCCGCUAUUACCCAACACAUGGAUCGUGGUGCGAGUCGAUGGCAGAGGAUUCACAAAAAUGUGCGCCAAGUAUGGCUUCGAGAAGCCAAAUGAUCGCCGUGCCCUUGAUCUUAUGAACACUGCCGCCAAGGCCGUCGUGGCUGAGCUACCAGAAAUCACAAUUGCAUACGGCGUCAGUGAUGAGUACAGUAAACUUGUCAGCACUGUCGUCUCGACGUUCACUGCGAACUAUGUAUACUUUUGGUCGACUCACUUCCCCGACAGCCCAUUAUCUCCUCCAUUACCAUCCUUCGAUGGACGGGCAGUGUGCUACCCUAGUGUUCAAAAUCUCCGGGAUUACAUGAGCUGGAGGCAAGCAGAUUGCCACAUAAAUAACCUCUAUAACACAUGCUUCUGGUCUUUGAUCCAACUAGGAGGCCUUGACAACAAGGAAGCUGAGAGUACUCUGGCGCGCACGUUGGCAGCAGAUAAAAACGAGAUACUCUUCUCCCGCUUUUCCAUCAACUACAACAACGAGCCCGAGAUAUAUAGAAAGGGCAGUGUUAUCUUCCGCGACUAUGAACUGGUUGACCCUAACUCUCACAAUACCAUGCAAACAAUCGACUCUCAAGCAGAGCCCGUUGAGCAAUCAAAGUCACAGAAGGAGAAGGACAAGAAGAGCCGAGCCAAAGCUCGUGUGGUGGUGGAACACAUGGACAUCAUCAAGGACGAUUUCUGGAACCAAAGACCAUGGCUCCUUUCCAACAAGCCCGGGAAGAUUCCAAAACAGACGUAA